AUGGAAUCAAUAGAAGGGCUGAGGCUCUACUUCUUUUGCUCCAUUUUACUAUCUCUAUUCACAUUUUGCACCUCAGUAGACACCAUAACCCCAGAUCACCCCAUCACAGAUGGCACUACCAUAGUUUCAGCCGGUGGCAACUUUGAACUUGGAUUCUUCAGCCCUGGAAAAUCCAAGAACCGAUACGUUGGCAUUUGGUACAGCAAGAUGCCAACUAAGGAUGUGGUCUGGGUUGCUAACCGAGAAACUCCGCUAAACAACACUUCUGGCAAGCUAAUGCUCAAAGACAAUGGGAUCCUAGUACUCCUAGAUGGCAGCAAUGAAGAAAUCUGGUCAUCGAAUUCAUCAACAUCCUUGAAAAAUCCAGUGGCCAGGCUUUUGGACACUGGAAAUCUUGUUGUGAGAGAGGGAAAUGGCCAUAGUUCCAAAAAUUCUGCCUGGCAGAGUUUUGAUUAUCCUGGGAAUACUUUUCUACCAGGCAUGAAGGUAGGCCGGAACUUAGCCACGGGCCACGCUUGGAGCCUGAACUCAUGGAAGAGCCCUGAUGAUCCUGGUUUAGGUGAAUACACUGAAAUGCUGGACCUUAAUGGAUUCCCUCAAAUUUUCCAGUUCAGAGGUGCAAACAAAUCUGCAACUUUCAGACACGGGCCAUGGAAUGGAAAGACGUUUACAGGCGUGCCAUACAUUAAAAUCAAUCCAUACUUCACAUUUGAGUAUGUUAUGGAUGACACAGAGAUAUACUACAGAUAUGAGCUUAUAAAUAGCUCGGUUCCUUUCCGGGUUGUAAUAACCCCAACUGGCCUGAUUCAACGCUUAACUUGGAUCGAACGCACCAAAAGCUGGUUUCUUUACUCCACAGCACAGGCAGAUAUCUGUGACCACUAUGCCAUGUGUGGAGCUUUUGGCAAGUGCAAUAUCAACAACUCCCCUCCCUGUGACUGUCUCAAAGGAUUUAUCCCAAAAUAUCCUCAACAAUGGGAUGCCACGGAUUGGUCAAACGGGUGUGCCCGUACAACUCCUUUGGAUUGUGGGGAUGAGGACAGGUUUUUUGUUUACACAGGGCUAAAAUUGCCUGACACACGCGAUUCCUGGUACGACAGGAACAUUAGCCUCGACGAAUGUAAGAGAUUGUGCUUGAAAAAUUGCAAUUGCUCGGCCUAUUCUAAUCUGGAUGUUCGAGAUGGUGGAAGUGGAUGUUUACUCUGGUUUGGAGACCUCACUGAUAUUAAGGAAAAUGGUGAAAUUGAUCAAUAUGUAUAUGUGAGGGUAGCUGCAUCAGAUUUUGAUCUGUAUCAAAAUGGACAUAAGAAACAUGAGGUGAUCAAGAUAGUCAUACCAGCAAUUUCUGGAUUACUUAUUCUCAGCUUUUUGGGUUGCUCAGCUAAAGUUCAUAUCAAAGAAGACCAUGAUUUACCAUUGUUUUCUUUGGAAACUGUUGUUUCUGCAACAAACAACUUCUCUUCCGCUAAUCUUAUCGGAGAGGGUGGAUUUGGACCGGUUUACAAGGGCAUGCUAAUAAGUGGCACAGAAGUAGCAGUUAAGAAGCUUUCAGAAAAUUCAGGCCAAGGUGCUCAAGAGUGGGAGAAUGAAGUGAUCACAAUUGCCAAACUUCACCAUAGAAACCUUGUCACACUUCUUGGUUGCUGCGCAGAGGGAGGACAAAGGAUGCUAAUAUAUGAAUUUAUGCCAAAUAAUAGCUUGGACUAUUUCAUAUUUGAUGACAACAGAAAAAGAAUGCUUACAUGGCAGAAGCGCUUCGAAAUUGCUGUGGGAAUAUCACGUGGACUUCUUUAUCUGCACCAGGACUCGCGGUUCAAAAUAAUACAUAGAGAUCUGAAGGCAAGCAACAUAUUACUGGAUGCGGAAUUGAAUCCCAAGAUUUCUGACUUUGGCCUUGCUAGAAUUGUUGGAGAAGAUGAUGCUCUAGCAAAAACAAAGAGAGUCAUCGGGACAUACGGUUACAUGUCACCCGAGUAUGCUAUCGAUGGCAAAUUUUCAGUAAAAUCAGAUGUUUUCAGCCUCGGAGUGGUUUUGUUAGAACUCAUUAGCGGAAGAAAGAACAGGGCGUUUCAUCAUUUAGAGCAUCAUCACAAUCUUCUUGGUCAUGCAUGGCUUCUAUGGAAAGACGGCAACCCACUAGAUAUAAUGGAUAAUUGUCUGGCAGAAUCAUCGUAUGUGGAAUGUCAAGUACUAAAGUGCAUUCACGUAGCUCUUCUCUGUGUUUCGAAAUUACCAGAAGACAGACCAACAAUGGCAUCCGUAGUUUUCAUGUUAGAAAACGAGAAAGUUGCUUUACCUCAACCUAAAGAGCCAGGUUUCUUCCUAGAAACGAACUCAACUCCACCAUCUCCGAUAAAUGAGGAAAGCUGCUGCUCUGAAAUUGCGACGAUGACGUUCUGCAGCAUUCUUCAAGCUAGAUAG